AUGGCAAAAGUUUGUUGCAUAUGUGAAAAAACGGAAUGUUUAUAUAAGUGCCCUGUGUGUAAAGAACCGUAUUGUUCCGUAGGUUGCUGUAAGAAGCAUAAAGAAAAUAAUUGUCAACCAUUCCAGAUUCAGGAAAAUAAAGAAGAUGUAAAAGAUAGCGAGAAUGAAUAUGAAUUUCCAACGGAGGAUACAGUUUCGGUUGAAAAAUUGAAACAAUUGCGUCAUAGUAAAGAAUUAAUAGAAUGCUUAAAAAAUCCACAUGUUCGAAAUAUAAUGCGUGGUAUUUUAAUUGAUAAGAAUCCAACAAAAGCCAUUGCUUUAGCUAUGACUGAACCAAUAUUUGUAGAAAUGGCAGAUGCAUGUUUGAAAGUUGUUGAACCUCAAAUUAGUGACGAUGAAUCACGUUGA